AUGAACUGCUCAAAUGAUCGCAGAAACGUAUUGUUAUCUAGUUGGCUGUACACUCGCGAGUAUCAAAUUCACGCAACCGCUGCGGAUUUACAAUGUUAUUGGAGCCCCAGACAUUUGGCCAAGGCGUUGCUAACAUCCACUGGCCAACUGGAAUUGUUACACCGAGAUAGAAUGCACCACAAGCUGAAAGGUGACAACGGUCAGGAUGAUCAAGCCUGCUUCCACAUCUGCGGUCUACAACGACUCGACUCCAGAAGUUUCAUGCUGAACCUCACCGAUUCUGGAGGCAAGCAAAAUUCCAACCGCAACCUGCAAUGUUUCCACCCUUAUGUUUCUGUGACGAAUAAGUGGGUGGAGAGUAUUCAACAGGCGCUGGGUAUAAAAAGACCCCGCGGCCCACCAAGCAUAUUUGAGAAGUCCUUCUCUCUACUUGUUCAAUUGGCUGGUAGCAAAAUUACAGACGCCUUUCCUCCCGGCCAACAAUUUCAACUUGCCUCUGGGGACAGUGAAAUCGCCAAGAUGACUAUCAGACCAAGAGCGAUCACAUUUGAGUUUGGUUCAAACGAAAACAAAUUUAUCAUACUUCGAAUGAAAUGGGUUACAGUGUUCAGAAAUGACGAAACAAAAUCUGAUCUACUACACAAUAUGAUAGCGUUGCAACAUAAGGAUGGAUUUUACAUAUGCGUUGCCAGGGACUCCGUUCAACGUUCCAUCGCAUGCUCCCUGAUAACCUUGUGGUCACGGUGCCUCCAGAUAUCAUCACACCAAUCUUUGAAAAGAAAUGGCCGAAGAUAUAUACAGGGCCAUUUGUGGAUCGGUCUCAGUCCUCUGGAGCUGCAGCGUACAUGGUGUGCUCCUCUGUUGCUUCAUGAUAGUUUAUACAAAAACGUUUCGAUUCGUGACUCUGCGAUCGAGACACAACCUGGAUCCUAA